UCUGACUCACCUUCCAGAGCCAUCGAGUCACCGACGCUCAACAAACCUGGAGAAGGAAGAGGAAGAAAAGAGGGCAAAAAGAGAGAGAGGGAAGCACAGGAAGAACAAGAAGAGAGAGCUUGGGGGAACGAGAGCUCUGUAACUCCCCUUCUUCCUCCUCACGCGACCUCCCUGAUUCCGUCCAUGGCGGAAGCCUCUCCUCCCGUGCGUCCCCUCUUCGUCCUCUCUCUUCUCCUCUUACUCGUUUCUCCGUCGCUGGCGGAGAUCAAGCACCUGCGGAUCGAGUCCGACUCUCGCUCGAUGAUUCUCUUUGAGGAGUUCGGUUUCACUCCAACCGGCCAUGUCACUAUCUCCGUUUCCUCCGUCUCCUGGACCCCGGAAAACCCUGCCUCCUCCACCACUUUCGAUCCUUCCACCAUGGGCUUCCUCCUUCUCACCGAGGAGUCCCUCCUUCAGAUCAUCGCUGAGAUCGAGCAAUUAUCUCAUUUCUGCGUCCUCCGCAGCCCCCAUGCCCACCUCCUCUUUGAUUUCCACAGCCUCGACACCUCCACUCGGUCCUACAACCAGUCCUUCCCUGUCACCAUUCCCAACCAGUAUAGCCUCUUCUUCGCCAACUGCCGCCCGGAUUUCCGCGUCACCAUGAAUGUCCGCACCGAGAUCUACAACCUCGAGGGCAACGUGCGCGACUACCUUCCGGCCGGCCAGACUCAACUCCCAAAGCUGUACCUCGCAUUCGCUCUCCUUUACUUUGCCUUUCUCUUCGCUUGGGUCUACUUCUGCCUUCGCUUCCGCAACGCCGUCCACCGGAUCCACGCUCUCAUGGGUGGCCUCCUCCUCGUGAAGGGCCUCAACCUCCUCUGUGCCGCCGAGGACAAGUUCUUCGUCAAGCGGACGGGCACCCCUCACGGCUGGGACGUCGUCUUCUACAUCUUCCAGUUUGUUCGCGGUAUCCUUCUCUUCACCGUCAUCAUCCUCGUCGGCACCGGGUGGUCGUUCCUGAAACCUUUCCUCCAGGAGCGGGAGAAGAAGGUGCUUAUGAUCGUCAUCCCUCUUCAGGUCGUUGCCAACAUCGCUUCGGUUGUUAUCGAUGAGACUGGCCCCUUCUCGAAGGAUUGGGCCACAUGGAGGCAGCUCUUCUUGCUGAUCGAUAUCGCCUGCUGCUGCGCCAUCAUCGUCCCCAUCGUCUGGUCGAUCCGGACGCUGCGUGAGGCCUCGAAAACCGACGGGAAAGCCGCACGUAAUCUUGCCAAAUUGACCUUGUUUCGGCAAUUCUAUAUGGUGGUGGUGGGUUAUCUCUAUCUGACGAGGAUCGUCGUCUUUGCGUUGAAGACGAUCACUGCAUACAAAUAUAGGUGGGUGAGUACUGCUGUCGAGGAGGCGGUGACCUUGGUUUUCUACGCAUUCAUGUUCUAUAUGUUCCGGCCUGUUGAGAAGAACCAGUACUUUGUUCUUGACGACGAGGAGGAAGAGGCUGCACAGGCAGCUCUCCAAGACGAGGAGUUCGAGCUAUAGGAUUUCUGAAUCCCGACUGGAUGGCGUUGCACAUUGCGAGUCGGUUUGGAGAACUGCACAUUGUGGGGGAUGCAGGUUUUUUGACUGGAAUUCCGAAAAAUUACUGGUCUUCCUUAUUGCUGUUUCUUAACCCAAUGAUGUUAAGAUAGAAAAGGUUUUGCUUUCUUUUUUCCAAAUGGGUGGUUAUUGUUUCAUGAUGUUGUUCACGAAAGGUCAAUGUUAAUUUUGUGUUCUAGCGGUGCUAGUUUUGUUUGUUAUAUAGAUUCUAUAAUUGUCUGGAUGCUCCA